AUGAGGACCUUCGGUAAUUAUGACUUUUCUGAUGUUGAGCCGAUUCCAUUGGAAUCGCCCAGAACAGAAGGAAGUACAGUAUGUAAAAUAUUAUAUUCAAAUGAGUUCAGAGAAUUAAUGUCUUGCAUGAAAGUUCUGAUGAUGAAGAACGAAAUUUCAGAAAGAGCUUUAUAUCUAACAUAUGUGAUUAUACACAAGGUUUCUGCGCAUUAUUCGAUUUGGCAAUAUCGGUAUCACAUAUUACAGCAUUUUGUUGAACAGAGGAAGAAAGAGAAUAAUGAGUCUGUCGUCCAAGUUCUUCAGGAAGAACUUCAGGAAUGUUCUAAAAUGGUUCUUAAUAUUCAAAAGAAUUAUCAGAUAUGGCAUUAUCGCCAUCUUAUAAUAGAGCUGCUGAUUAAGUACGGGUACGAUGGUGAUGCACGAAAAUAUUCUCUUGAAAAGGAAGAGUAUCCUAUAUUGUCUAUAAUGCUUACGAAGGAUGAAAAAAAUUAUCACGUCUGGUCAUAUAAACGUUGGUUAGUAAAAAGAUUUAACAUUUAUGAUUCUCCUACGGAAUUGACAUUCACCACAAAUAUGUUGAAGAACGACGUCAGAAACAACUCGGCAUGGAGCUUUAGACUCUUUUUGCUUUUCGGUUAUGAUAAGCCAUCCGUUGAUUUAAAAUCUGAAUUCGAUUUUGUGAAAAAGCAGAUCAAAAGGUCACCCACAAAUCCGUCCUCAUGGAAUUAUUUACGAGGAAUUUGCGACAACUCGGGAACCAGUUUAUGCAAAUUUAAACAGUUUAUCAGCAGUUUUACUGAAAAUGAUGAGAACAUUUCAAUUCCAGCAAUUGAACUUCUCGCGGUCAUAUACACUAAAGAAAAUGAUUGGGAAAAGGCGAACGGAAUUUAUGGCCUCUUGGCGGAUAAAUUAGAUCCAAUUCGGUCAAAUUAUUGGAAUUUCAAAAAGCUAAAUUUAAAGAUUGACUGA